GAGAGAUUACAGGGCUGAUCAGAGAGGACGAGAAACAAGGAAGGCUUCUGAAGGAGAGCAUCCUCUGAUUCUUCCCCCACCUGAAGCCCUGUUGCUAUGGAGACCACCAAUGGGACUGAGACCUGGUAUGAGAGCCUGCACGCUGUGUUGAAGGCUCUAAAUGCCACUCUUCACAGCAACUUGCUCUGCCGGCCAGGGUCAGACAACCUGACUGAGGAGAGGCGGGCCAGCCUACCUGGCCGCAAUGACAACUCCUACAUGUACAUUCUCUUCGUCAUGUUCCUAUUUGCUGCCACUGUGGGCAGCCUCAUCCUGGGAUACACCCGCUCCCGCAAAGUGGAUAAGCGCAGUGACCCCUAUCACGUAUACAUCAAGAACCGUGUGUCUAUGCUCUAAUGCUAAGAGGCCGGGGAUGGCAGAAGAUCAAGAUUCCUGAGGAUUAUCUUGUGGGGCCUCCAGAACUCAGCUGUGUGUUACAUCAGGCCUCAGUGUUCUAAUCUGUAAGAUCAACAAGAAACAGUACUAAGGGAGGUCAUCAUUAGGGAAGGAGGAGAGGAUCUAGCAGACCUAGGCCUUGUGGAUAAGGAUUUUUUCCAGCAAAGACAGACUUUAUAGACAGUAGGAGCCCUUUGAACAAGUAUAUAAAAGUGGCAGGAAUUCCCUGGUGGUCCAGUGGUUAGGACUCCAUGCUCUCACUGCCAAGGGCCUAGGUUCAAUCCCUGGUCAGGGAACUGAAAUCCCACGAGCCGUUCAGUGUGGCCAAAAAAAAAAAAAAAAGUAUACACACACACACACACACACACACACACAUAUAUGUAUACAUAUAUAAAAGUGGCAACAUAUAAUGACAAAUGAGUGUUCUAGUGGCCGGAGUGUUGGGGGCUAGGGGCUAGAGGAAGGAAAAGAGGAAGUUGUAGCAGAGGGAAAUGAGACAGGAAAAUGCCCUGAGGAAGCAUUUUUUGAUGUGUUAUCUUCAAUGACCAUGAGAAGCAGCAAUGAUAAUCCCAUAUCACAGACAGGAAAUCUAAGUUAUGUUACUUAUUUAUAUUUUUUCACAUUUUAUGUUUUUCAGCCCAUUUAACAUUUGUGAUUUUACCCCCUGUGAGGGAAGCAGAGCAAGUGCCAUUCUGCCCAUUUGGGCCAAAGCAGUACCAUGACUGGAACCCAGGUUCUCUGGUCACCUUGCCUAGUGCUUUGCAAAACUGUGUGCUACCUAGGAGUGGAUCUAGGCCUGAAACUUAUAUAAUUCUGGGGGGCCCUCCUUAAGAAAAAGAAUUUUAAAAUAUCUUGUUUUUGCAAGUAUUACAAAAACGUAUCACCAUGUUAAUACAUUGUUAGGGCCCCCCUCCUAAGAUCUUAAGAAGGAGCCAUGCAAGUGCAGAGCCCUGACUGUUAAGCCUCACUAGCUCCAUGGUCCCUGUACCCUUCCACCCAUAUCCCAGUGCCUUUCCCAGCCCCAUCUCCAGCCCUGGGCACUUCACUACCUCUAAGGCAGCCUCUAACAUU